AUGGAAACAAAUGUGAACAAAACCUGUAACACUCUGCCAAGUGCCAGAGCUCAUGUCUCUAGCAUCUUGCCUUUGGAGCAGGUUUCAACAUCUAAUGUGUCAGAUCUUUCCAGAAUUUUUCCCAAAGUAGUACAUCUAGAAGCUGCACCCUGGAAAAGGCGACCAGGCACUGCGAUAAUAUCAAAACAGUCAGGUUCUUCAAACAUGUCUCAGACACCACUGAAUCGGCCCAUCAUCCCACCAAGAAGACCUUGCUUCCGGGUAUGCUAUAUCUGUGGCAGAGAAUUUGGGUCACAGUCUAUUUCUAUACAUGAACCCCAGUGCCUAAAGAAGUGGCAUAUUGAAAACAAUCAACUACCAAAGCAUGUCAGAAGAGCAGAGCCCAGGAAACCUGAAGUCCUUACUGGUAGUUCCUGUAUGCUUACAGCUGAAAAUGAGGCAGCUUAUGAUAGUGCUCAAGCCCAGCUCCUGCCCUGUGGAAACUGUGGCCGAACCUUCCUUCCUGACCGUCUCAUUGUGCACCAAAAACAUUGCAGAGGACGCAGCAGCAUUGUGGGGCUGUCAAGCUCCAGCCCCAGGAAAUCUGGUAAAGGCCCAAGCUCUGGGUCUGGCUCAGCAAGUGAUGAUCCACCUGCACAAGUGAUAAGACGGCCACCAACAGUGAUUUGUUACAUAUGUGGCCAUGAGUACGGAACAAAAUCUAUUAGUAUCCAUGAGCCACAAUGCCUAAAAAAAUGGCACCAGGAGAAUGACAUGCUACCCAAGUUCUCGAGAAGGCCAGAGCCCAAAAAGCCUGAAGUCAGUCCCAUACAAGCCAAAGGUUUCUAUGAUCUUGGUUCUUUAAAUGAGGCUGCCUGGAUCAGCGCCCAGAACCAGCUAGUUGCAUGUGAUAUUUGUGGGCGUACUUUUCAUCCAGACAGACUGAUCGUCCACCAGCAGUCCUGUAAACCCUGCAAUGUGAAGUGGAUGUAA